GAUGGCGUCACUUCUACGGUGUCUGUGUGAACGAUUCUAGUUGCCGCUGGAGAAAAAUCGCAAUUCUCGCUUAAAACACACCUGCCGGCCGCUCAAAUUGAUCGAAAAGUCCACGUCCCCCAUUGCGGCGCGUCAAGCGAGUGAAAUUGUGGCCGUGCGUGUGCAAAAGACCGACGAAAAGCGCAGUGCAAAAGUGCGAAUCGGGAGUCUGGAUUUGAGGUGUGUGCGUGCGUUGCGUUGCGUCGCUUUUUUUGUGAUUCCGUCGCCUUUUUGGUUGCAACUCGCUACCAGUGCAUCGCAAACAUUGUGCUAAAUUACAUAAAACGCAGAGUAUCUGAAAAAAUAGGCGAAAAAACAGGUUAAAAAGGAAAAUUCGAGGAGCAAGAGUGCAAGAGCGACAGAGACGGACAUACGCAGAGCGAGCGAGAGGUCGAUAACGAUACCCUUGUUUGGUUAUCGCCCUCGAUAGCAAGAGAAAAAAAAACAAAAAGCGGCGUCCUACCAGUAUGACCGUGUUGCAGACCAACGGAUAUCUCACCUACAGUGUGACCGUGUGAGAGACCAGCGAGCCGAGAGAGCGUGACGCGCAACAACAGUUUUGUGUGUGAAACCCAGCAAGCAGUGCUAAAAAGCAACAAAGUCAUCUCCGCAUCUUCGUGACGUAGACGAAACGGGAGAGCCAUCGCAGGAAACUGAGAAAUCGAAAAACUUUAAAACUGAGAAACCGAGAAUCAGAACCUGAGAAACCGAGAAAGUGCAUGUGAUGCCAAAUAUCCAUAAAACCGAAUAAAGAAAUCGGCCAACGCAAAGUACUAUGUGAAUGCUGCAGCAAUCAGCAGUUAGCCAGCAGCAGCUCUCUCUCUCUCAGUUAACCGAAUUGAUGUGCCAUUCAGGAGAAGCAGCGCAGAAACCGACACAGAAACAGAACCAGAAUCAGAAUCAGAGCAACGUAGAAGCUAAGCGAGAGUAUUAUCAAGAGUAAGGCGCAUCGCAAAUGCAACAAUCCCUCCAGUAAACAAUACAAAAAGAACCGAAGAAACAGUGUACAUACAACUGUAACGAAUUUAAACCAAAAGCACAGCAAGAAGCGGUUGAAGAGAAUAACAAAUAAUUUAACGCCCCCAGAGUCACCGUCUGAUAAAUGUCAAGAUAAGUCGUUACCGCUUUAACACCGCCAUCAACAUUACCCAGCAGCAAAAGCUGAUCCAGCAACUCCAGCAGCAGCAACAGCAGGAGAUCGCUUUAAAGGGGAAGAAGAACAGGCAGAAAUUGCAGUUGCAGCAGCCGUUGCAGUUGCAGUUGCAGUUGCAAAUUGGCCAGGAAACGAACGAAGGAGGAGCUGUAGAGCUGUUGGGCUUACCCAGGGGUGCCGAUAACAAUUGCAAGACGCCAAACUCAACCGCAAAAGUCGCCAACAUAACACAUAAAAUUUUCGGUUGGCUACGCAAAUCACGCAACAAACGGCCAGUCGAGAUCCUCAACAGCGAUUUCGGCGAAGACGGCGACGAGGGCGUUGGCGAGGGCAAAGGCCAAGGCGCAGGCGAGGGAGGAGGAGCAGCUGCCAGUGCAGCUGGCGGUGCAGCCGAUCAAUUUUCAGUGGCAAGCGUUAAAAACAAAGCCGGCAAGCUGAAUACCACACAGACAGCCACGGAGACCGCCAUCGAUUCAAACGAACCCAAAUCUGAAAAGAUGUCAUCGGGCACGUUUGUGGAUCGAAUCGACCCGUUCGCCAAACGUUCGCUCAAGAAGAAGGGUAAAAAGAGUCAAGGUUCCUCGCGCUACAGAAAUUCUCAGGAUGUUGAGCUGCAGCAAUUGCCGCCGUUAAAAGCCGAUUGCUCCAGCCUAGAACAGGAGGACCUGUUCAUACGGAAGCUGCGCCAGUGUUGCGUGUCCUUUGACUUUAUGGAUCCCGUCACGGAUUUGAAGGGCAAGGAAAUCAAACGGGCCGCACUCAAUGACCUAUCCACCUAUAUAACACAUGGGCGCGGAGUGCUUACGGAACCGGUUUACCCGGAAAUAAUUCGCAUGAUUUCAUGCAACCUAUUUCGCACGUUGCCGCCCAGUGAGAACCCCGAUUUCGAUCCCGAGGAGGAUGAUCCGACAUUGGAGGCGUCCUGGCCACACCUGCAGCUGGUGUACGAGGUGUUCUUGCGGUUCCUGGAGUCCCAGGACUUCCAGGCGACCAUCGGCAAGCGUGUGAUUGAUCAAAAGUUCGUCUUGCAGCUCUUGGAACUGUUCGACUCCGAGGAUCCACGGGAGCGGGACUUCCUGAAGACGGUGUUGCAUCGCAUCUACGGAAAAUUCUUGGGACUGCGAGCUUUUAUACGAAAACAGAUCAAUAACAUAUUCUUGCGAUUCAUUUACGAAACAGAGCACUUUAAUGGUGUGGGUGAGCUUUUGGAAAUUCUGGGCAGUAUCAUCAACGGAUUUGCCUUGCCUCUGAAGGCCGAACACAAGCAGUUUCUGGUUAAGGUCCUAUUGCCGCUGCACAAAGUCAAAUGCCUAUCGCUCUACCACGCUCAGUUGGCGUAUUGCAUUGUACAAUUCCUAGAGAAGGAUCCAUUCCUUACCGAACCGGUGGUCCGUGGCCUGUUGAAGUUCUGGCCCAAGACGUGUUCCCAGAAGGAGGUCAUGUUCCUGGGCGAGAUCGAGGAGAUUCUCGACGUGAUCGAUCCGCCGCAGUUUGUAAAGAUCCAGGAACCCUUGUUCCGCCAGAUUGCCAAAUGCGUGUCGAGUCCACAUUUUCAGGUUGCUGAGCGAGCUCUUUAUCUGUGGAACAAUGAGUACGCCAUGUCGCUCAUCGAGGAAAACAAUGCGGUCAUCAUGCCCAUAAUGUUCCCGGCCCUUUACCGCAUCAGCAAGGAGCAUUGGAAUCAAACCAUUGUGGCGCUCGUCUACAAUGUAUUGAAGACGUUCAUGGAGAUGAAUUCGAAGCUGUUCGACGAGCUGACCUCCAGCUAUAAAGCGGAGCGGCAAAAGGAGAAGAAACGCGAGCGUGACCGCGAGGAGCUGUGGAAGAAGCUGCACGAACUCGAAUCCAAUCGUUCUAGUGGGCGCACCGCCGGCGGCAGCGCCACGACAUCGAACAGCGCAGCGCCCGCGGCGUCAACGUCCCUGCAGCCACCCAGCACCGCUGGACUGAACUCUCAUCAGCAGCAGUCGAAUAGCAGCAGCAGCGGCAGCCUGUCCAGCGGCGGAGCCGGUGGUGACAAUAAUCCUGCGACCACAAAUGCGAAAAUCAAACAGGAUAAGGCGGACAACUAAGCAACUAAACGCGAGGCGCGCCCGAAACUAACAAUAAAACCAACAUCAGUAAAAGCGUAAGCGUAACGCGUUAUCCGAUAUCCGUAAACGGCAGAGACAACAACAACCACAUCUAAAGGAGAAAUAAAUAGUUAUACUAAACCACACAUAUGCUAAACAUUAAAACCAGAUAAAAUAUAAAACUAAAAUGUAUACUCGAUUGACAAGACACCAACCAAGCUGACCCGCAGGACACUUGUGCGGCUGUUGAAGGAGGUAGAACCGAAAUCUGGAGCGGGAGCUGAAUCAGAUCCCAGGGCGUGUGUGUGUGCGCGGUAAUUAGGAAGCUUGAGUGCGGCAUAAAAAGAAAAAUCUUUAUAAAUAAUGUAUCUUACACCUACAGCAACACACACACGAACACACACACACACGUGCGCGACACGUAUAAAUAUAUAUUACAAAAGAAGAAAAAUAAUUAUUAAUUACGUUUAAGCGAAAACAAGUUGAAUAAAGAGAAAUCGUGUUAGUAAGUGAAAAUCAGAAAAAACGAUAACUAUAGCGGAUUGAAGAUUGUUGAAGCGCAUUGAAUAUUAUUAACUAAACAUAUUGCUAACUAGAUCCUAGCAUAGAUCAGCCAUCCAAUCCCCACCCACGAACACUACGACUUCCCACUCACCUCACAAUGUUCACUUGCAAGGUAUUUGCGUUCAUUUGAAAUGUGUAAAAUAGUUGAAACUGCGCUGCAUCCUCAGAUUUUGAUUUAUUCAAUGAUUGCUCCAUAGAACGGCGUGUCUUAGUCCAGAUUUUCCCACUGAUUGUAUAUAAAUAAUCCGCGAACUGUGCUCCCCUCGUCCCAGAAUGAAACUUUGUUACUUAGCUUUAAGUGUUGCACACUCCGUCAAGACUUCUCGUAAACAGAAAUUCCAACAAUUCCCGCUAAAAGCCUGCGCAGUUACGCACCCAAAUCUGCAUUCGAACGUAGACGUGAAAAAAAAAAAACAAAACAAAAGCAAAGCCAAGUUUUAGUACAUUGUUGAAGUUGCUGCUAAACGGGCCAAGAUAGACAGGGAGCCGGCAAAUCUAUACAUAAUUAAGAAUACAAUUAAAUACCAUAACGUACGAUAAACGCUGAUCUUUAUAAAUGUAUGUAAGUGUGCGGAAAAUACAGAAAUAUAUCUCCAAACUGAGGAAUAGGCGCAUGCGCGGUAAUUGAGAUGUACUAAGCAAACAAAAUGAAUACAAAUAUUGAGCAUUGUAAAAAGGUUAAGCUAGAGAAACCAACAUCCAAGCAAACGAUAGUUUAUAGAACAAGGUUAUGGAAAAUUCAGCUUGGCAUAGUCUCUCCCAUACGAUAAUUGGCAUCUAGCGAAACAUUUCCACGGUUCACUCCACGCUCGGUGCAUCUAGACACUAAAUAUCCUUUGCAUAUAUGUAUAUCUCUGCGGGAAGCGGUCCAAUUUCUCGAGUCCCAAAUAGUUUGCAAAGUUUCUUUCGACUCUUCUCGAUUUUUAUUAACUUGUUUUCAAUUCUCACGGAAAUGCGCACAAUUGUCAUUCGAUUUGCUAAACAAUAUUUUCAAUUGUAAAUAAUGUAGCUAAGAUAAAGUGUGGAACACCUUUGGACCGCUCUCCCAGCAUCACUCACACAUAAAACACACCUAGCCGCACUCAUAGUAAGGAAGUAUAUACAAUUUAUAUAUGAAAUAUACUAUGCAUAUAUGUAUGUUUGUUCAUUCAACUCUCACGCCCAUUACAAAGUAUAGAAACAUGCAUUAUAGGAGCAAAAACUAGGAGCAGUGGCGGCGGUAGGGAAGCAAAUAGGACGAGUUAAAAGUAUCCAUAAAAGAACGUCUCUCAUUAAGCGAAACCGCAAAAGUUCAUAUAAUAUUAAAGAUAAUUGUGUCUGUGAAUCGUGAGUUAUUAUACACAUAUAUGUAUACAUAUAUUGCAAACAAAACUGAAAAAUAAGAAAAAACUAAAAAAAAAAAUCUAAAGGAAACGUAAAAGUUAGCGUUAUUAUUAAAUAUGUUUGUAAAACGUCAACAAUAUGCAAAAAAAAAAAACAAAAAACAGAGGAAAAUAGAAGCGAGGUAAAAGCGAAUGAAAUGCAUCAACUAAAGAGUCAUCGGCUAGAAGAGAAUAUAUUUCGAAAACAAAUAUUGAACCUAUGGCCUAAAUACUAAGCAACGUGUGUAAGAAAGUUUUGCAUCUUUAUAUUAGACUGUAAUUAAACAAAGAAAAUAGCUAAAGAAAGCCCAAGCCGAGACAGCAACUACAACUAGAGCUACUACAAAGAACCCACGAGUAUCAUCCCCAUUAAACAGCAAUAGCAACUAAACUAUAUCAGAUCGGAUAAACCCCGAGCGUUAGGUCCUACUGCCUUUAAAGAUCCCAAUAAAAGAACACCAAUAACAGGACUGUAGCACGUUAGAAGUCGAAGGCAGAAGUUCUUGACCUGUUUGUUAUGCCAAUCCCGUAACACCAACACCCUAUUCCCAACUCCAAACUAGCAGAUCCAUUUAAAACACGAAUAGGACCCAUCUCUAGUUAACGUUGAUGUUCGCAUAGGAUGCCAAUCAGUGACAAAAACAUAUUCAAAUAAUGCAAAUGUAAAAAACGAAACAAGAAAUCAAGUAAACAAGAGUAAACUAAUUAAAAAUGUUGACAAAGAAUGCCUAAUAAACGAUAAUAUGUAAGUCAAGUGGUUUAAUGAUUAUUGUCUCUUCAUUUUUGUUUGUUUUGUGAUCAACACUUCUGUUGCACUCUGAGUUAACCUGUUUAGUCCGCUUUCAACUUAUAUGGUACCUUUAACUAUAGUUUCUAUUAUUGUAUUUAUAUGUAUAAACAAAUCGAGCAUGUUAAAUCGUAACUGCAUAAGCUGCUUAGAGCCAGCUGAGCAAAGAAGUAUAAGCAAAAGCAAAACUCGUUAAGUACUUUUAGAGACAAAAACCUGUACUAAGAAGUGUACUAAAAAUAAAGUCGCAUUAACAACGUUGCAUUAAACAAGAAAAAAAACAACCGAAAAACGGAAAAGCUAACAAAAACCAACAACAAUAAGAGCAAAAAUAGUUAAAGCGCUUAAACAAUAUGAAUACUAUGGAUACUAACAAUGAAAUGAAAGAAAAGAAAUGGAGCCGAUGGAGAGGAUAAAUAUAUACGUGAAUUAUGUA